AUGGAUUUCCAUGCAGAUGAAGCUGGUUACUUCAUAGGGGCAUUGCAAAAUCGAAAGAGGUGUGAUUUUAGGAACGAGGAGUGGGUUAAGUGUCUUUGUACUGGCCCUGACAAAAACUUUAGCACACCAAAACAGAUGUACCGACAUCAGGAAUCUACUGCAAAUGAUGAUUCCUCAAAAAGACACAAGGUGGUUCUGCACGUAUCCAUUGGAACAGAGCAUAUUUCUGAUGAAAAUUAUCCCUAA